CAGUGACGUUCAUCGUCUCAUUUGUCAAAAAUUCGUUUCGCUGUUGUCGUCGUCGUCGUCGAUUGCUGCGUCGCGUAGCGAGUGGAAAAUGUUCAAUUUCCAAAAUUAUUGCAAACAUGAAAAAUAAAUGCAGUGAAAUUUAGGAUAAUCAUUACUUUAGUGCAUUUGUAAAAAGUGAUAUGCGAUUGCUUGAAAAGUGAUAAAAGUAAUGCUCAAGAAACAAGAAGUUAAAAACGAUUGUGUGGCAGAAGCAGCAGCAGUGCCAGCGACAUCGCCCUGUUUUCUCAUCCAUCUCCUCCGCCAUUGUCUACCUUCUCAGCCAGUUUCUGCUACCCAAAAGUCUUCCCACUUCGUAGUUUUUCUACUUUAUAAUUUUUCGUGUUUUCCAAUUGUAUAUUUGUGCAAAGUGAAUUCGUAAUUUUUCUUUUAUUUCCAUACUAUAUGCAUAUUAAAAUUUAUGUUUUACUUUUGCGUGCUUUCUAUUUUUUUAGUUUGCAUUUUGAUGUGAGAAUAAAUAAUCGCCUAGAACUUGUAGUAUAAAAAUCGCGAGAUUCGCACCAAAUGACUAACUUGCAAGUUACAACUAAAGUCUGAAAUUUUGGAAGAAACGCAUAUUCCUUUGUGGAACUCAGACAUACAAUUUCAAUCGUGUCUUCUUUAUUCUGCUAGUUUUGGUUCUUAAGGCACCUUCGCCUUUGGUAGGAGGUGUCUGGCAAAAUUUAAACCCUGCAAGUUAUUCUUUCUAUCUUUGGAUUUUACACGAAUAUCGCAUAUGUAGGUAAAGUGUGAUGUACUAGUUCCGGGAUACGUCAAAAGGCACUAUUAAGGCGCCACGUUUUGGGAAAAAUAUCAUGCGGAAAGCUUUGAAACUGAAUAGUUGGCGAGUAUAUUCGGAAGUGUCGUGUCACUACAUUUAAACCCACUAGCCACUAAGUCGGCCAGUAGACCAGGACGUCAGGUGCUCAUUGCAUUUGCCAGCAAUCCUCUAAAUUCCGAAAAUUCCCUGGCCUAUAAAGACACAUGCAACCGAAAAUAAAAUCAGAACGCAUAGUGGGAACUAGUUUUGUUUUACGUAUUGCGAAUUUUCGCACCGGUGACGAGUGACAAGCAGGUGGUGGCUAUUCCGAUAAUAGCCGCGGUCCAAAAACUUUUAGUUUUCCCUUGGCGAUGACAGAGCGCUGUCGCGGCGCGUUGUAGUCUCUUUCGUUAAUUUUAAAGCGUUGGGUUUGAAAGUACAAUAUUUUCGUAAGCGGCAAUAAAUUUAAUGUUUUCUCGUUUUGUUUUUGAAUCCCAAUACCCAUCACCCCCUGCUGCGCUGAAUAAUUGCAUAUAGUGAAAUCUUGUGUGUAAAGUUUGGAAAAAAUAGCCAAAAAAUUAAUGUUUAUUAAGAAAAGGGCUAUAAAAUUUAGAGAAAAUUCAACAAAAAAUCUGUUGUGUACAAAAAAAUCCGAAUAAUAAAAUCCUGGAAAGGAAGUAGGUAGUGUAAAAACUUACUCAAAACUGUCAUCAAGUGUUCACACAGUUCCUUAGCUUUGGAGCAUCUAAAUCAGUUUCUAGAUUUUCCUGCAAGGCAACAAUAUGGCGCACGCCCAUCAUAAUGCCGCCAAUCUUCUUAGCUCUGAUAUUUCACGUCGAAAUCCACAAGACGAAUACGAGCUCAUACAAAAGAUCGGCUCGGGCACCUAUGGCGAUGUCUAUAAGGCGAAGCGCAUACAGAGCAAUGAAUUGGCCGCCAUCAAAGUCAUCAAACUCGAGCCCACCGAUGACAUACAGAUCAUCCAGCAGGAGAUUAUUAUGAUGCGCGAUUGUCGGCAUAAAAACAUCAUCACAUACUAUGGUUCGUAUCUGCGACGCGACAAAUUGUGGAUAUGUAUGGAGUAUUGUGGUGGUGGCAGUCUGCAGGACAUCUACCAGGUGACGGGGCCGCUGGCCGAACAACAGAUCGCCUACAUGUGCCGUGAAACUUUGAAAGGACUCGAGUACCUGCAUACGAUGGGCAAGAUGCAUCGUGAUAUCAAGGGCGCCAACAUCCUGCUGACCGAACAGGGCGACGUCAAGCUGGCGGAUUUCGGUGUGUCAGCGCAGAUAACCGCCACGAUCAACAAGCGAAAAAGCUUUAUCGUUGGUUUUGUAAAACAACCACAUCCUUACAGAGCCACUCUGCCAUUAACCGAUACCAAAGAUUUGCUUAGCACCGAGUGCCACUGCGCGCGCAAUAGCGGAAAUGGCAAUGGCAAUGGAGGUGGCAGCAGCAUCGGCGCCAACGACGCCCCUGCGCCAUCAGCCCCCGACGAUGUCAGCAGCUCCUCCACAACCUCUGCGACGGCCACAUCAGCAGCAACAGCAGCAACCACAAGCGUCAAUGGCGGCAGUGGUGCUGGCGGUUUGGGUCAUUCGAUGUCCGCCUACUUGGGACUGGGUAUUGGCUUUUCCAAUUUGCGCACGACUUCGGUUGAUGCUGUGACCAAUAAUGCCAACCACGACAGCGGCACUCGCUAUCAGCAACAGCAUACACACGUACACCAACAGCAGCAGCAGCAGCAGCAACAACAGCAGCCACGUUAUCACCAACAUCAUCAUCAUCAUUACAUGCACUACACCAACAACAGUAACAAUAGCAGCAACAACAAUAGUAACAGGAACAACAAAGGCGGACAUGGCGGCAGCAAUAUGCAUUCGCGCUCAUCCAGCGCCACCGGCCUUGCGGCAACCCCCUCCAGCUUUUCCUACGAUGCCACAAUGGCGACGACAACAACUCUCAACGGGCAAUUGCCGCACACAUCGUUGUCCUCGUCGUCGUACAAUCCGUUAGAUAGUUUCAGUUGCGAUAGCGAUGGUGGUGCUGGUGCUGGCGGCGGUGACUUAGUUGGUAGUGUUAGUAGUACUAAUGGUGGCGGUGGCGUUGGCGAAGGUGGUUUAGUUUGUGGUGUGUUAGGUGUUGAUAGGAACGGCGGUAGUGGUGUUGGUGGUGCUGUUGGUUUUGUUGGUGUUGGUAGUAGUGUCGGCGGCCUUGUCGCUUCCCCAUCGCCCUCGUCAUCCACGUCCGCGUUUGCUCGUGAUGUGCUCAUGCAUUCCUCUGCUUCUACAUCGCAUUUGUUCACAAAUUUGCUGCGUAAUAAUGGCGCCAAUUAUUUUAAUAGCAACACUUCAGCGACCGAUUCGACAACGACUAUUGGCGCAGCUGCAGCAACGGCGACGUCAGCGUCCGCAUCCGCAUCGGCUUCGGCUGCUUCGGCGGGCUCGACCUCGGCCUCGGCCUCUGGCGAAUGCACGCCUACAUCGGCGCAGGCGACUGGCGGAGGCAUUGACAACAAUUGUGAUUAUAGGCAUGAAAGUAUUCAGAACGGUUUAGAGGACUCGCCACGUCGCCAUAGCUCAAUGGACCAGCUGAUUGGCUUGCUAAAUGACAUGGGCAAAUCGUCGAGAACACGCAGCCUCAGCGAUGGAGGCACGCAAGAGGACGAAAUGGAGAAAGAAGCCCAACCGGAUCUGCUCAACAAUACGCCCCCCGUGCCUCCCAAACGUUCACAUCGUCGCCGCCACACCCCGCCACGCCCCAUCUCCAACGGUCUGCCCCCCACGCCCAAGGUGCAUAUGGGCGCCUGUUUCUCAAAGAUCUUCAACGGCUGCCCGCUGCGCAUACACUGCACCGCCUCGUGGAUCCACCCCGAAACGCGCGACCAACACCUGCUCAUCGGCGCCGAUGAAGGCAUAUUCAAUCUGAAUAUGAACGAGCUGCACGAUGCGGUAAUAGAUCAGCUCUUUCCGCGUCGCACCACCUGGCUGUAUGUGAUCAAGGACGUGCUAAUGAGUCUAUCAGGCAAAUCCUGUCAGUUGUAUAGGCACGAUCUGAUCGCGCUACAUUCCAAGCAGACCCAUCGUUUCUCGCUGCACAUGAACAAAAUUCCCGAAAGACUAGUACCGCGCAAGUUCGCGCUCACCACCAAAGUUCCCGACACCAAAGGCUGCACCCAGUGCUGCGUCACGCGCAAUCCCUACAACGGCUACAAAUACUUGUGCGGCGCCACGCCCAGCGGCAUCUUCCUUAUGCAGUGGUACGAUCCGCUGAACAAAUUCAUGCUGCUCAAGCAAUGCGAAUGGCCGGCAACGAGCAUACUGGGCGGCGGGCAUGGCUGCGUGCUGAAUGGCCACACACCCGUCUUCGAGAUGAUCAUCACGCCGGAACUGGAGUAUCCGAUCGUGUGCACGGGCGUGCGAAAAGCACUCAAUGGCUGUCUCAAGCUAGAACUGAUCAAUAUGAAUAGCGCUAGUUGGUUCCAUUCGGACGAUUUGGAUUUCGAUGCUAUGGCAACAAUGGUGCCGCGGCGUGAUCUGUUGAAAGUGGUGAAAGUACAUCAGGUAGAAAAGGAUGCGAUACUUGUCUGCUAUGGCAACAUCAUACAAGUCGUCACGCUGCAGGGCAAUCCGAAGCAGCACAAGAAAAUGGUCUCGCAACUCAAUUUCGAUUUCAGUGUGGAUAGCAUAGUUUGUCUACCGGACAGCGUACUAGCAUUCCAUAAGCACGGCAUGCAGGGCAAGUCGUUGCGCAAUGGCGAAAUAACGCAGGAAAUCAAGGAUAUGAGUCGCACAUAUCGACUGCUCGGCUGUGAUAAAGUCGUCGCUUUGGAGAGUCAAUUGCUGCGCACCGGCUCACUGGGCAGCGAGGAGGGGCAUGAUCUUUACAUUCUAGCCGGCCAUGAAGCCAGUUAUUAAUUAACUAAAUAGAUAAAUAAUUAUAGUUGUAGUUGUGGGAAAUGCAAUUAACUACAAAUGUAAAGAAAGUAAAAACUAAUCAUUCUGCUUACUGCAUACAAAAUGAAAAAAAAGGCUUAUACACAAUGCAUAAAAAGCCAAUUGGCAUGCGAAAUUAAGUAAAAUGAAUGUAGGUAUACACAUGCAUGUGUAUAUAUUAUUGAAAAUUAAAGUAUGUAUGUAAUUGUACGAUAGCAUUUAAAUUAUAAAGGAUAACUUUCUAAAUUUUUUGUAUAACAUCAAACGAUUUAUAAGCAUUUUCUAGCGUCAUUUUCGUUGUAAACUGCAUACAACUUUUAAGGCGAGCGCAAGCUGGCGAUUUUGAAAUUUUUUUUUAGAAAUUGUAAGAUCCUACGCUGCACUAAAGCCAAAGCAUUUUGAGAUUAAAUGCAAGCAGGACAGCAAUGAAUUUUGUUGGCAUGCAUUUCUUAUUGUACAGUAUAGUGUGUGCGUCACCAAAUCAAGUGAAUGCCGUUAAAAGAUAAAAAUACAAAAACAAAAAACUUUCUUAACUAAGGAAAAUUGUAAAUGUUAUGCUGCGAUCGCUUAGUAACUUUAAAAUUUUGAGAAUAAGUUUUAGUUGUACGGCAUUUCUUAGCUGCUACGAAUGUAUUCUCUGCUCAGUCAAUACUAUGUUAUUGCAUACAUACAUACACAUAGAUAAUUAUAUACUUAAUUUAAGAGAGUAUUUUGAAAAUUUUCACGGUAUUUGAAUACAAAGUACGUAUUAAAAUGAGAAAGGCACAGCAUUAAAUAAACAGCAGCAAAGUGAUUGAAAUUUUAUGAGAUAUGUCUGUAUAUUCUUAAACAUAAAUACAAAAUAAUAAUAAUAAUAAUAGUCAACGCGAAAAAUUAGGUUUUAAAGUUAAAAACUCGAAAACACAUUGUUUGCAAAUUUUAGCAAUAAAACAAAGAAAAAAAUACAAAAUUAGAAUAUCAAGUAUUGAUCGCUAUUUUUAUGAACACAAGCACCUAGAAAUAUAAAAUAAACACACAAACGCAACCAGAAAAUAUUAUUAAAUGGUAUUUUAGCUAGAGCUGUGCGACCAGUCGUCAUCCGAAACAUUUUAAAUUCAUAAUACAUUUAUUAUUCACACUGCGAAUCAAUAGUUUCUAAAUCGAUUACGAAAAUUAUGAGCAACACCCCAGUUUUCUGAGCACAUGACUAGAAUAAUUUGCAAAAUUCCAUUCAAUACACGAAAUUGCAAAAAAAAAAAAAAUUUAAAUUAUACCCUAGCUGUUUGUUGGAUAAAGUAGUUUAUUGGAUUUUAGAUUAAAUAGAUUUAUAAAUGUGAAUGUUAAACAUAAGAAAAUAUAUUUUUAAUAUAUCUACGUAAGACGUGCACACUACAUUGUGAAUCCACAAAUGACGUAUUAAAACACACGGUAGUUGAAGGAUUGUGCGAUUAGAUCAGCAGAAAGGAAUUUUAGCCGCUGCGGAAGUGAUCGAUUGCAACAGGUUGCGUCGCGAUCAAAUGCUAGUCACCUCAGCAUAUGCUAAUGAUUGCAACUGCUUGAAAGUUUAAGGUUUUAUAUUUUUCUAAUAUCAUUCAAGUUCUUCAAAUAUUUAUUGCGUAUUUUUUAUGUAUGGCCAUGGGUACGAAGCCAAUAACACAUAUUUUUAAAAGCCUUUUUUUUGUUUCUAUUUUCAAGGAAUGCUUCGUGAAAGCUCUAAUUAAUAAUCGCACAAUCUUGAAAUAGCAAUUAUACCAAACGAACAAAGAAACUCCACUUCUAACCUCCUACACUCCCAUUCGAACAACAAAUUAAAAAAUUUAUUAAAAACGAUUGAUUGAUAACUAUGUAAGUGUGUAUUAUAUAAGUAAGAAUCUAAUAUGCAUACAGUGUGGAAAAAAUAAAUAGGUUGGCUACAUUUUAAUA